CUAGCUCAACUGUAUAUUAAAGUAAUAUAUUUUAGACAGCUUAUGUUUUAUAACUAUCUGGUCGAGCUGAAGAUUGUUAACUGUUGAAGUUGUUAUAAAUCUCAGUUGCCUUUGUUUAUACAUCGUUAUUUGAAAGGUGUAGAAUUUUGAAAGGUUAAAAUUUUGAAUGGCGACGUUGGCGUUUCUGGAGCGCAUAAGAAUUGAAGUUCUAAGUCAGUGCUUUGAUGUAGCUCAGACUCAACUGGAACACUUCCGAAGCUGUAUUUUCGAGCCAGUACCUCCUUGUUUCCAACUGAAUUGUUGCAUCCAGUUUGCAGAUGACCACGAUGUAGCCAGAAAAUGCCAGAUAGAGGUGAAUCAGCAGAUGAGCUUUGGUCACUUGAAACAAGACCUGAAGAGCAAGUUCACUAAACUGCAGGACCACAGACUGACCAUAGUGGUUGGCAAGAGGAUACCCCUGGACAUCAUAACUCUGGAGAUGCUGAAAGUAGUUCGAGAUGGACUCACUGUGUAUGUUCUGGCCAGUGACAAGAAUAUUCACAAGAGCCGAAUGAGUGUGAGCCGACAGUACAAAGUGCAGAAAGAGAUAUUCAUUCAGAACGUGGACAACCAGCAGGCAUUGGAGAUGUUGGAGAAAAUUGAGGGUCUGAUCUCUCAGAAGAAUAUAUUUGAUCUGGUGGCGCUGAUUGACGCUUUCAAGGACAGAAUAGAGGGGGGAGUGUUGGACGAGGGACCCGCUGCCCUUCCCCCCGUCCUGCCCCGCCUGAUAGUACAUGUAGAGGAUAUUGAGCAACAGAGAGGCACUUUUGUAAUACCACGAGUGCUAUGGACGUCUCGAAUCUGUCGACUGAAGAGCGAAAUAGAGUGCCGUUACUCGAUUCCCUCGCAGUUGCAGCGCUGGUUUCUCAACAACGACAUUCACGAUGACCAGAAGAGACUGUGUGAUGUGUUUGCGGAUGAAGACAGAAUGAAGAGCGAGAUGAAAGUGCACCUCUAUCUGGUCACCCCGGAGACUGCUGGAUUUACGGCCGCUUACAUCCAGCAACUGUACGAGCAACUCACCAAACAGAUGACUCAAAAAGCUGCCGGCAACCGAGACAGGGAGGAGACGCUAUCUGAAGAUAGUGACCUUGAUGACAGUUCUGAGGGCGAAGGGGAAGCUGAUACGACUGCUUCAGUUAACCAUCCGGCGCGUCAACAAGUGCGCUUUCUUGAUGGCCAAACAGACGGGGAGGAGUAUGAGUACAUUCUUGAUGACCAUUCAACUCGCAGUGAGUCUCUAAUGAGCAUGUCAACAAUUGGAGAGUCUAUUGUGGCCCCUCUGAUGGCCAGAGAGUCUCACAGUGUGCCCAUGGGACUAUCCAGUGGGGCUGCAGUUGGAGGGGUGAGGAGUCGAACCGCCGCCGUCAAUGGGAACAUUACUCCUAUUCCCAUGCCGCGUCGCUUGAAGCCCGUUGCAGAGGCUUUCACGGGACCACAGGAUAGGGUGCAAGUCACUUGGAAAUGCUCAGUGUGUUCUGUGGCCACAAAUCGGCCCUUCUUCAAAGUAUGCGAGGUGUGUGGUGUGGGCAUCCAACCGGAAGACUUCUCCAUCCCAGAUUGGUACGAGGCAGACGAGGAUGAGAUGAGGAAAUUGGCUGAGGAGAGACACAACCAACUUCUCACUGAACAGAUGCUCAAGAAUGAGAAAAACAUUGUGAACAAUGAGCAGCUUGGCGAUGCUGCUUUCCGAGCACAAAUCCCAGCAAGAAAAAAGAAAGUAGGGUGGGUUUGUGAGGUGUGUUCUUUUGCGGAAAGCAGACCCUACUUCAGCUUUUGUGAAAUGUGCGGGCAAGGAAAGAGACCGGAUGACUUCAUAAUUCCGGAAGGAUACGAGCCGGAUGAAGAUGAAAGAGCUAAGAUCGAAUGGGAGAAGCAAAAUGAACAGCUGACGUUGCAGCUCCUCAAGACGGAAGAAGAGCGCGAGAAGGCUCUGGCGGGGGAUAGAUAUAUAGCACUUCAGAAUGCGGAAAUGAGUGAGGGCUGUUUCCCUAACGUGGAGCCAUUUGAGUGUACAGUGUGCUAUCGGGACAUUGACGUGGGGGAGGGCACGGCUCUGAGACAGUGUCAUCACCUGUUGUGUAAUGAAUGUCUAGUGGGACAUAUCACAGCCUCUGAAGACGGUGUGCGUGUGACGUGUCCGUUUGUGGAGGAGGAUAAUAGUAGCUGUGAACAGAUGAUAGAGCAGCAGGAGAUUAGGGCUCUCUUGUCAGAGGAACAGUACGACAAAUUACUUCAGGCAGGCGUCUCACAGGCAGAAGCAGCUGAACCCAACAGCUUCCACUGCAAAACCGCCGACUGUAGAGGCUGGUGUAUAGUGGAGGAAAAUGUCAACUUCUUCCCUUGUCCCCUCUGUGGCCAGCAGAACUGCCUCACCUGUGCCGCCAUACAUUCCAACAUGAAUUGUCAACAGUACCAGGAUGACAUAAAAGCGAAGGCGGCCAAUGACGAAGCAGCUCGAGCUACAGAACAGAUGUUGCAACAACUAGUCCAAUCGGGAGACGCCAUCCACUGCCCUGGAUGCAAAGUGAUAGUGCAGAAGAAGAGUGGCUGUGACUGGAUGCAGUGCAGCAUGUGUAAAAUGGAGAUCUGCUGGGCCACUAAAGGGCCUAGAUGGGGUCCGGGGGGCAAAGGGGACACAUCGGGGGGCUGCAAGUGUCGCAGUCCUGAUAGGUGCACGCCUACCUGUGGAAAUUGUCACUGAAGAUGACGGUCAUGGUUAUGAAGAAGAAGACUAGAAUAAUAAAAUAGCUACACAACAAUAACAAUAUUACAAUAAUUUCAACCUGAGUUCUUCGAAACUAUCCAACUAUCACUACAGGAGCCCAAAUGAUGAUGACAUGAAUGAUAAAUUCCAGAAGAAUUUUCUCCAGAAUUUACUCAAAAUAGGCUCCAUACCCGAAAUUCUAUUCUAUAAUUUCAUUGGAACAGAAGUUUAUACGGUCUACGACCAAUUUGAAUACAACUUGGAAAACUGGGCGCUUUAUAUAAUUUUAAUUUUUACAAGCAAAUUAUUUCAUUCCUUUAUUACAGAUGCGAGUGUGCUGUUAUAUUACGAAGCAAUUUUUUUCCAACCCAAUUCGCAAAUAUAAGUGUUCAUUUGGUGGCACUGCAAAUUAAUUGCAGCUGCAGCUAAUAUUAGAAUAUUUCCUUGCGUCUGUAAUACAGAUGCUAUGACGUGAGACUUGUUCGGAGGUUUGAUUCUGGCUUAUUGCAAAAGUUUUAUUAAGGCUUAUUUUUUUCUACUUUUUCAUUUUUU